ACAACAAUGUUUUAAACAAUUUUUAAGCAAAAAAAUAUUACAUCACAAUUAACCGACUGAAAAUUUUCCAAAUGUUUUCAUCAACCGUGAACUUUGCCACAAAAGGAAUAUGGUCCGGCGUAAUGUCCUCGAGAUUGUUGGUCAAUACUGUAUCCAUUUACAGGGGUUAUGCUAAAGAAAGAGAUGAUGGAUGUAGACGAGCGGAAGUCGAUAUACCAAAAGAUCCCGUCCCUUGCGAGAGAAGAAAAAAGAAGAAAGGAGGAAUCUUACAUAAGAUCAAGUUAAAAAUAAUCGAGGGUGGAACCAAUUUUGGCACGCCAUUUCGUGACAUUACAUGCAAAGAGAAAGUUUGCAAGGAGGUCGUUCCCCCUGAGCCUAAGGCCCUGCCCGCACCGAGCAGGCCGGUGCCUCCAAUGCCGGCGCCUCGGCCGAGCGUCCAAGUAUCGGUGCUUGGUGCGGACACGUCCUUAGGGCAGUAUGUUGCUUUGUUGCUGAAACAGUGCCCGUGUAUAAAGAAAUUGCGUUUAUACGAAGCGAACGAACCGAGUAUGGAUUGCAAUCGGAAUAUCUUCCAAGUGGCUGAAGACUUGAGGUAUAUAGACACAAACUGUAUGGUCGAGGCUUUCAGCUGCGCCUGCAACGAACUAGAGCGUUGUUUACAGAAUUCGGACAUAGUACUAAUGUUGGAGAACGCGAACGUUAGUCAAGAUCUACCAAUGGACACGAGGUUUUGCUACAACGCUCCCCUGGUGAAAAGGUAUACGGACGCCAUCGCACACGAAUGUCCAAAAGCCUUUAUCAUCGUGUGCGCCACGCCUAUAGACUGCAUGGUGCCCUUGGUUACAGCGACGCUUAAAGAAACAGGGUGGUAUGACCCAAGAAAGGUCAUGGGAUCAUUAGCGGUUCAAGAAAUGCGGGCCACAACCCUCGCUGCUCGUGCUCUUUCUCUAGAACCAUAUUAUAUAAGGGUGCCUUGCGUUGGCGGCACUGAAGGUCGUGCUUUGGUACCUUUGUUCUCAAAGGCGGUUGAAUAUUUCGAUUUUACUAAGCAAAAUGCACUAAUGAUGACGGAAACUGUACGUGAUGCUCCAGCCGCAGUUGCUAGAUGCGAUGGGGAAUGUCUAAAAGCUUCUGAGCUAAGUGAAGCUCAUGCUCUUGCCGGCCUAGUGACUAAAGUAGCCUGGGCAUUACUAAGUAAAGACGUGCCAAGGGUUACGGGUUUCGUAGAAACGGACGCUAGACAAGUCAUUUCGCCAGCCAGUUUCAUGUCAAUUGAUGUGCUAAUAAAUCAUGAAGGCAUCGUAGAGAAGUUUGAUUUACCAUGCAAUAUGAAUGAUAUAGAAAAAGAAUUAAUGGACGAUGCUCUUACCCACCUGACCAAAAAUGUAAAACAAGCUAUGAUGUGGUACGAAGAUACAGUGUGUGCAGAAAUAUCAAGCGGAAAAGUGGCUGCUAAAACGCACUUUAUGUAUAAAAAAACGUACUCCCAUGUAGAAGAUUGUUACCAUCAAAUAUUAUAACUCGAUCAAGUAAAGCCAAGGUUUCAGAAUUAAGAUUCCAGAAGAAGUUUUUAUUUCAUUUCAAGUUUCCGACUCAUCUUUUAAUUUUGCCAUAGUCGUUGUUGUUAAUGUGAUGUUUAA